AUGGAUGAUGAAUGCAAUGACCCCAAUUUUCAGCCAGAAACGGCACUUUUAGAUAAUGAUGAAGACAAUGAAGAACAAUAUGCGACUACCUCUGAGCCACAAAAUAUUUGUGAAGAAGUGAAUCAACACCCAACAAGCGACUACUACAAAGCACACCGACGGCUACAGCAAAUCAGCAAGAAACUCAACACCAAUCAAGAAUACAAGCAACUCUACACAGAAUUCAUGCAAGUCUACGAAGAAAUGGGACACAUGACUGCCGUAUCAAACACUCCAACUUCACUCAAUGCUGACAACGACAUUGAAUCAGCUGAUUUCACCACCGAGAUGACCUUAGCACAUGAUACUUCGAUAUCAGGAGGGUUGAGAGUCUCAAACGGUGAGUCAGCUGCUAAAUGUCACCAGCGUACUCAAUCAGUAUACUAUCUGCCACAUCACGGAGUGUUACAUCCUGAGAGUGUCAGCACCAAACUCAGAGUCGUCUUCGACGGCUCGUGUGUCACUUCAUCAGGAAAAUCACUCAACGAUUUUCUGCACAUCGGAUCAAAAAUUCAACUUGAUAUCACCGACGUACUUCUAUGCGUCCGACAACAGCAAUAUACCGUCUCGAAAGACAUUGAAAAAAUGUUCCGGCAAAUCAACGUGCACCCAGACGACUGGGACUUUCAACGCAUUCUUUGA